AUGGGAAAGAAAGGAAAAUGCAAAAAUCAUAAAGAUAAUCAAAAACAUAAGCAGCUUAAGAAAUCAAAGCAGAAAGCAUUAAUUGAUGGCGGUGAUUCCGAUGAUCAAACUUUCAAUAUUGAUAGUUCACAAUAUUCAGCUAAUGCUGUAAAUUGUGUGAAAUGUCUGAAAGCAAAAAAUGAACAUCCUUAUUCUCAUGGACCAAGUAUUAAAGAAAUUAUGGAUAUUUUUGGUAAAAAACCAACAAUGAAAAAUUUUAAACAUUCUCUACAACUUCUCAAUGAACUUGUCGACAAUUAUGAUAUAUCGGAAAGGAUUGCUGAAAUAAUUCAACAAGGAGUAGAUGUGAUUUUAAUUCAGGGAAUGCAAUUUACGAAUUCCACCAUUCAGUACUAUGCGAUACAUGCUCUAUCGGUUAUUACCAAAUAUAUGAAUGAAACACAAUUGAAAAAUUUGAUACCAUGUGGACUAUUGAAAGGUUUUGCAGCUGCAUUACAAAGUGACAUGUAUUUCAUCAUUCAAGAGGCUAUUGAAGCAUGUUCAUCUAUUGCUACCAAAAGUGUUGCAGUGCGUGAUAUUCUUGCAACAUUUGGUUCAUUGCAUAUAAGCGAAUUGCUAUCAAUGUACGAUCAAGUAAUUUCCAGGGAAUUUGCAUCCGUCAUUGCAACUUUUUUACGGCGCUUAUGUUAUCUUAAGCCAGUUCCAGAAUUUAUUCUAAGACGUGUCGCAAAUAGUGCUCGUUAUCUUUUACGACAUGAGGAUUAUGAAAUUCGCAUAGCUGCUUUGGAUGCUAUAUUUGAAGUAGUAAGUAACAAAGAUUUUACUGUUACAUUUGAAGAUGCUUAUAUGGAAAUCAUUUUGAAAUUUCUCGAUAGCCCACGACGUAGUGAAGUUAGAGCGGCAUUUAAUAUUGCUUCAGAAUUCACAAAACAACGUAAUUGCAACACCAAUGAACUUAUUAAAGCAGGAUUUAUUGGAAAGAUUAUGUCUGUUCUUGCUCGAAAUUCAACUCCUGACUUUGGUUAUGAUGCUUGUUCAAUUUUGGCAAGAAUUCUAACCAAUAAGAAUUAUAUAGAAUCCGCAAUAGAAUCAGGACUUAUAUUACUACUUAUUGGACUUAUGGAUGAGGGUACCAAUUUAUAUAAGAAUAAAGCUUGCAAAGCAUUAAUAUGUAUGUAUAGUAAUAUUGAUCGAAAGAAUGCGAUAAGAUUAGCUGAUGAAAUAUAUCUUGAAAAAAUAUGCAAUAUUCUCAUGACAAAUGACAAAAACAAUUGUAUAGCAUGCGCUCUUUCACUUCUGAAUUGUAUAUUAAAGGGAUGUUCAAAGGGGAAUGUUGACAGACAGCUAAACUAUGCGACGCAAUAUAUUACAGAAUCGGAAGCCUAUAAAUAUAUUACAAAAUAUAUUAACAGCGAAUGCUUCAAAAUACAAAAUUUAGCAGAAAAUGUGUAUCAUCAAUUAAAUGAUAAUAGUAAAGAUAAUACAAACAAAGAAGAAAUGGUUAGCUAA